AAGGAAGAAAAGGAAGGCAAGCAAUAAAUUGGGUGAGGACUAGGAGGCAGUAUCAGCUGCGCUCCUCAAGGCACACAGACACAGGCCAGUUGAAUGUGAGUAUGUGACCCUUGCUCUUCAAUUUUACUCAGAAACUGCUCGCCCCUCUCUUCCUCUCUCUCUCCCCGGUGUCCUGCGCGAGGAUUCAAGCGGCGCAAGAACCAGUCAGCCGUCUUCUGUCUGACAAAACAGAUCAUGCCUUGCGCCACCGAGCUCGUCCAUGGUGAGGGAGGCACGAUCAAAGUGGGCACAACCGGCACCAUCGGUUCACUCAUGACUAGGGAACUGGAGGCCAUCAAAGUCGUGCCACAAGCAGCCACCACCCCACGCCUGAGGCGCCAAGGUUGUCCAGUUUCAGUGCCUUGUGGAGCUAGUCCCCGGAAAAUUGUCCAAAGGAAGAGCUCAUCCAAUGUCUCCAGCAGCAGCAACAGCGGAACUGACGGUGCAAGUGCUGAAGAAGCCUGCAAGCCAAAGAGAAUCUCUCGAAGACACACCUUCAACUCUCCAAUGCUGCGCUCGGAUAGCGCACUCCUGGACCGAAGCCCAAACACUAACAAGGCGAAGAAGAAAGGGAAUGUGUACGGCGUCGAGGUGGUGGACAUCAAGUGCAGCAACCCGAUGAGCAGCCGUCUCAGGAAGCUCGGAUUCUCCAAGCUGUCGGUGACAUUUGCGUAGCUUGGAUGGAAUUUGGCUAGGACCAUUCCCAACAUCUGAAUGGAAGGCGCAGCUGCCCUUUCCCUGUGGGCAUCCUUGGUUCUUCGAAGGCUUUGGAGGGCACCUUCCAUGUGCCGACUUUAGUGAACCAAUCAUCCACCUGACAUCAUCCUUGUAUGUCGCAAUCCAGUUUGCAUCUACUAGCUAAUUUUUCCCCUGCUGGUUUUUCUAUGUGGAAACUACCCUUGUGCUCUGUGUAUGACAAGUUAAUCUAUGAAAAGCGAUACCAAUCAGAAAUAAGAUCGUGAUGGAUGGUGUAAGGAUGCAUUUUGCGCCACCAGAUUUCAAGAGCGAGGGGUGUUUGUCAUCUGAGACUGAUAUGCAAAUUUGGCAGGAAAUCUUUGUAGACUGCAACAUUGAAUUGAUGGUCUAUACCAGCCUAAUAAUCAAAAUAAUAUGGCUCGAAGCUCGAUUA